UCCAGAAGCUUGUGCCCUAAUCCUCCGCGACGACGAGGAGGGCGAGAGAGCGCCUCUAUCGAAGGCGCGCGGCGUGAGAUCUCUCCCUGAUUCUCGAGGUGAGCCAGCCGCUAGCAGCAACGCUACCAGCGCCAGCGCCAGGCGCGCGCGCGAGCGAGGAUGCAGAAGACGGUGUGCCCGGAUUGCCGGCGCGAGGUGGACAUCGUCGUGGAUCAUGCCGCGGGGGAUACGGUGUGCAUGGAGUGCGGCCUGGUGCUAGAGGCGCAUUUCAUCGACGAGAGCUCCGAGUGGCGGACCUUUUCGGACGAUUCCGGCUCCAAUGACCCCGUUCGUGUCGGUGGCCCUUCGAAUCCCCUUCUCACGGAUGGGGGCCUUUCUACCACCAUCUCCAGGGGGAAUGGUUCGCAGGGCGACUAUGCCGCCCUCGGCAAGUGGCAAAACCAUGGAACCAACCCCGACCGGGCGCUCCUCCUCGCUUUCAAGACGAUAGGCACCAUGGCUGAUCGCUUGGGAUUGGUAUCCACAAUUAAGGAUCGUGCUGAUGAGAUUUACAAAAAAGUGGAGGAUAUGAAAUCCAUAAGGGGACGGAGUCAGGAUGCUAUCUUGGCUGCUUGCUUAUACAUUGCUUGUAGACAAGAGGAUAAACCGCGAACGUUCAAAGAAAUUCACUCUGUUGCCAAUGGUGCCACGAAAAAGGAGAUUGGACGGGCCACAAAUUUUAUUGUCAAGCGUCUGGAGGAAGAGAUGGGAAAAUCGAUGUCCAUGGGUUCCAUUCACGCUGGCGACUUUUUGAGGCGUUUUUGCUCGCACUUGGGAAUGACCAACCAAGCCGUGCGAGCAGCAACCGAUACAGUGAAGAAGGUGGAGGAGCUCGACAUAAGGAAGAGUCCGAUUUCGAUCGCUGCCGCUGCGAUUUACAUGAUAUCUCAGGUAUCGGAGGACAAGAAGCCUCUAAAAGAGAUAUCGCGAGUGGCUGGCGUGGCCGAGGCUACGAUCAAGAAUUCCUUCAACUAUUUGCGGCCCCAUGCCACACGCCUGGUGCCCGAUUGGUACUGCAAGCCGGAAGAUGUCAAGCGCUUCCUCGCACAGUGACGAGCACAGACAAGAGCCUGCACGACACUCUUCCUCCAAACGAGCAAAGGCUGCUGCUGUGAGAAUAAACCGAUUGUUCUCGGGUUGGAAAAGGAAGACCUUUGCGUGCUGCCAAACUAUUACAUUCUCAGUUCACCGCCAACUAUCUAUGUAUGAAUGGAUUGAGUCUUUAAAGAGCAAUACAGCUUUGACUAUUUUGUUC